CGGCCGCCCUCCGCACGCCCCCACCCAGAGAGGACCUGGCCGCGGAGGAGGCGGCGGUACCUUGGACAGAGCCGCCGCGACUCGCAGAGCCCGCCCGGCGGCCGCUCCGGAGCUCCCCGACGAGCAGAACUGAGGCAUCAGGCUCCAUAAGUGCCCCCAAGUGACUUCAAUUUCUGCCCUCAACGAAAGAUACCAAAAGAAAUGCAGGAAUGCCUGACCUAGAAAAAAACAUGCAGAAGAACGGGAAAGAUACAUGCAGUAAAGAUGAAAGAGAAGUGCCAAAACUUCCAGUUCCACCACUGCAACAGACCUUACACAUGUACCUACAGUGCAUGAAACACUUGGUGCCAGAGGAGCAAUUUAAAAAGACCAAGGCCAUUGUGGAGAAAUUUGGAAUUGCAGGAGGCCUGGGGGAAUCCUUGCAGCAAAUGCUUGAGGAAAGAAGUGAAAAGACAAUAAACUGGGUGUUUAACUACUGGCUGGAUGACAUGUACCUCAACAACCGCCUGGCUCUUCCAGUCAAUUCCAGCCCUGCAAUUAUCUUUGCUCGUCAGCAUUUCAAGGAUGCAAAUGACCAGCUGAGGUUUGCUGCCAAUCUCAUUUCAGGAGUGCAAGACUACAAAGCUUUACUGGACACCCAUGCUUUACCUACUGACUUUUCUCGUGGACAGCUGUCUGGCCACCCUCUCUGCAUGAAGCAAUACUAUGGACUCUUUUCUUCCUAUCGUCUUCCAGGACUUACCAAAGAUACCCUUGUGGCCCAGAAAAGCAAUGUAAUGCCAGAACCAGAGCACAUCAUUGUUGCUUGCAACAAUCAGUUUUUUGUUUUGGAUGUUGUCAUUAAUUUCCGUCGUCUCAGUGAGGGAGAUCUUUUCACUCAGUUACAAAAGAUAGCAAAAAUGGCAGAGAAUGAAGAGGAAAUGCUGCCUCCAAUUGGCCUGCUGACAACAGACGGAAGAACAGAGUGGGCAGAGGCCAGGAUGACCCUUAUGAAAGACUCCACCAACCGCGACUCUCUAGACAUGAUUGAACGGUGCAUAUGCCUGGUGUGCCUGGACAGCCCCAGUGGGGUGGAACUCAACAACACAAACAUGGCAUUGCAGAUGCUGCAUGGAGGGGGCUACCAUAAAAACGGGGCCAAUCGUUGGUAUGACAAACCUAUGCAGUUUGUGGUAGGAAGAGAUGGACUCUGCGGGACCGUGUGCGAACACUCCCCCUUCGAUGGCAUCGUCAUGGUGCAGUGCGCUGAAUACCUGCUCAGGCACAUGAAAGAAAGUUCCAAGAAAUUAGUCCGAGCUGAUUCAGUGAGCGAACUUCCUGCUCCACGGAGACUAAGAUGGAAGUGUUCCCCUGACAUUCAGACACAUUUGGCAUCAGCAGCAGAAAAACUCCAAAGGGCAGUGGAAAAUCUGGAUUUUAUAGCCUACAAGUUUGAGCACUAUGGAAAGGAAUUCAUUAAGAAACAGAAGAUUAGCCCAGAUGCCUACAUUCAAGUAGCACUUCAGCUGGCAUUCUACAGGUGCCACAGGAGGCUUGUCCCAACCUAUGAAAGCGCUUCCCUGCGCCGCUUUGACGAGGGCCGGGUUGAGAAUAUCAGGUCUGCUACCUCCGAAGCAUUUGCUUUUGUCAAAGCAAUGGCAGGUGACAAGGCAGCUGUGUCGGAUUCUGAGAAGAUGCAGAAAUUUAAGGAUGCAAUUGCAGCUCAGACAAAUUACUCUGUUCUGGCUGUUACUGGAAUGGCAAUAGACAAUCACCUGCUAGGGCUCAGAGAGGUGGCACGGGAACACUUCAAGGAGCUGCCAGAGAUAUUUACAGAUGAGACUUAUCUGACAAGCAAUCGGUUCAUCCUCUCAACCAGCCAGGUUCCUACUACUAUGGAAUUGUUCUGCUGCUAUGGGCCUGUGGUACCCAAUGGAUAUGGGGCAUGUUAUAACCCUCAGCCAGAGCAUUUAUUAUUCUGCAUCUCAAGCUUUAAGGAAUGUAAGGAAACCUCCUCAGGCAUGUUUGCAAAAGCUGUAGAAGAAAGUCUCCUAGCAAUGAGAGAUCUGUGCAACAAAUGCAGUUCUACUACGGCAAAGCCACCUGCUAAACAAGAUGCAGCCACCCAGCUGCAGAGUGACCACCAGCGCUAAAAGGCUGUGGGAAUUAUUCUCCUGAAUCCACUCUAGGAAGAAACACAACGUAGCUGUUCAAAGGCAAGAUAAUACUGGUAAUAUAAUAGUGUAGAACCAAAGUGUCAUUUGUUUCUCAUUGUUGCCAACAUUUACUACUCUGUGUACUAAAUCUGCCAUUUCUUGCUUACGAGUCAGAAAAGAGAUUUGGUCUCACUGAAUGAAAUGAAGGAAGAAGUCAUAAAAGUAUGUGUUGUACUACCAUUUCUAACCAUAAUUAACUUGUGCCAUUUUAUCACCUAAAAAAUUGAGUCAGUUAUAUGCAUAUGACAUAAAUUAAACGCUAAGGAACACCAAUUAAUUCAUAUCCCCUGCAAGCAGUUCUAAAAUAUUCACAUCUAUUACUACAAGAUUUGCAUGUAAAGAAAAAAAGAAUUUUCCCCUAUUGGGAAUUUUGAGAGUAAAACUGUAAAUAAUAGGCUCAUGCCAUUAUAUCCUGAACUUUUGCAUGAAGAGUAUUUAAUACCACCAAUCUAUUUACUGUAUAAGAAAAACGGAUUAUUUUUUAAAGAGUGGCUCCUGGACAUUUCCACAGAGUUUAGGAACAUAACACAAGCGUUUGCAUGUUUCCCCCAAUUCCAAAAUGCUGCAGAAAUAAUUUAGCUUUUAUUCUGGUUUGCACUGGUCUCAAGCACAUGUUCUGAAAGCAGCAUAUUGGAGACAUGAUCCAUCACAGAGAACUGGGAGAAAUUUGUCCCUAAUGAAUUGACUUAAUUAUUUCUAUCAGUGAGCAAAAUCCAGCCUGACAGAGUGGCAAAGCACAAAACAUAAGUACUAUUCAAUCCUACUUAAGACCUUUUCUGUUUGCAUCGGAAUUAAUUUAGUCACUAUGACUGGCUGGAGAGUGAAUGCAACCACACAAAAUCAAAGAGCAAUAAUUAGAAUGAAGAAGUAAACUUGCAAUAUAAGGAAGUCUUCAGCUUAGAUUUAUACAUACCAGUACUGGUACUCAUAUUAGCUUUGCAUCAUCCCACUUGGAGGGAUUUAUAUUUUUAAAUAGCAGAUGUAGGGUAUCAUAUUCUGCAAUAUACAGUAAAUUCAACCAGAAAAGUGGUAAUAUAUAGUGUCUGAUAAUUCCCAUUUUAUGUGAAUGUUAUCCUGAGGUUUUUCUAAUUAUCUUUUUUAUUCCCUAUAAAUCCUUCCAAGGACUGAUAUUUCCAUUUACUUUCUCAUGAGGUCAAAUAUGCUGCCUUACUUAGAGGUGGUCAGUAUCAUUGUUAGAACACAACUUACUCACUCACUGAAGAUACUCAAUUCCAAACUCCAGUGCAGGUCCUGUGCUGCACAAGCUGGAACACAUUCUGAGGCCUGGCCAGGGAUUCCUUCCUUGCCUGUGAAGAGUGAUGUUCUCUCUUCCUUUGUAGACCAAACAAUCACAUGUUUAAGCACUCUGAAGCCUAAAAGCAGAAUGGAUUUAUUGCAAUAACCUAGAAAUGCAGAUAUGUUUCUAUUUAAGAACUCUAGAUACAACUUCAGGAGAUGCUACAUGUCCAUGAUUAUUUUACUGCCUCUUUGGAGGGGCAUACAUGCAAUUAAGCAGUCUGCUGGAUAAAGGAUAUCCCCAACCCCAUAUGUGAAAGCACAGUGGGCCUGAUAAUCAAUUAGAGGAAGUAGCUAUGUUGAAGUAAAUCAACUAUGAUGAUUUGCAUAUAUUAAGAGCUAGGCUAAUUUUUUUUAAGUUACUAUAUUUUACUGAAAAAUAUGUACAUUUUAUUACUCUGUGAGCUGUGGUUCAAAUCAAAGAUGAAACCUGGUUUUAGAUUACAUAAAUAAUAUUAUAGCAUAAAAGCUUCCCCAAAGUUAUCAUAGAAUGGUUUAGGUUGUAAGGGAUCUUAAAGAUCAACUUGUUCCCACUUCCCUGCCGUGGGCAGGGACACCUUCCACUAGACCAAGUUGCUCCAAGCCCCAUCCAACCCAGCCUUGGAAACUUCCAGGGAUGGGGCAUCCACAGCUUCUCUGGGCAACCUGCUCCAGUGCCUCACUGCUCUCACAGUAAAGAGCUUCUUCCUAACAUCUAAUCUAAUUUAAAAGUUAAGAUGUAAAAAUGCAUAAACAAAACCCAAGAAAAGGUGCUGAGACCCAAGGUUUGCUUAAAGAAUACAUGGUUCAAAAUAAAGCUUUAAAUUGUUCCUAUACUAUAAUUAUGAAAAUUUCUUCAGAACAUUCCCAGUAAUUUUUCUUUGUAUCAUUUCACCACAAAAGCAUUCUGCAUAUCUAACAUAAAUGUAGCACUACAUAUUUUUUGUAGAAUUAUAUGUUUAAAAUUGUAGUAAUAUUUUAAGUGUAUAAAAAUACUGUGAAUGGUUAUUUGAUAAUUUAUUAAUUUUCUUCUAACUUAAUAUAUACUUCUAUUUUGUAAUCCUAGCUACAUAAGUACAGAUAGUUAUUUGCAAAUAUUACCUGUUACUCAUUUUAUUUUUUCGUCUGGAAUCUUAACAAUAGCUCAGACACUGUGCUCAACAUAGCCAUUGAGAACUCAGGAAGCAUCUACACCCAUAGCUGAUACUUUAUACCAAUUUAUCAUUAAGAGCCCCUUAGUUGUCUACAGCUGCUGUAACAGGUGUUUUGCAUUCUCCAGCUCUGGAAACUACUGGUGGUGGAAAAUACUGACAUCGUAUUUUUGCUUGAGGACCAGUGAUCAUACUUCCUAUUUAUUUAGCUAACCAUUCUGUACUUGUAUCUUACUGAUCUGGUUUUAGUGUUCAGCUUGAAUAUCUGAAAGGAGCAGCUUUGAUGACCUCAGUCCCUGCAGAGAAGUCUUUUGUGUACAUGGUCUACCUUUGCCACUGCCUGUGCUAAAAGCACUAUCUGCAAGGUACCUGACACAGUGCAGGAAGCUCCAGGCUCAGUUCAGGUCUGUUUAAUUGGAGGGUUCUUGCUAAAUUACAGAUGGGUAAAAAUUCACAGGCACUACAAACUCCUCUGACAGCAGGAGCUUCCAAGGGACUGUACUGCUUCUCAGUUAAGACAACUCCCUACACCUGUGUGGUGUGAUCCCAUGCUAUCUAUCAAGGAUUUCAGGAAAUGAGUUUUCUUAAGUUCUUAUUUAAAAUUAUUUGUUUUAUGCAGAUGAAGCUCUUUUAUGAAGUUUAAAAAUACACACCGUUAUGCACUUAUGGAAACCAAACAAAAGCUUUUAAAACGUUUCUAACCAGAAUACUGUGGAAUAGAUUGUUCAGUAUAAAAAGAGAGAAAAUUUUGCUUGACAAACUGGGUGUAAUUACAUUAAUGUAACAAGUGUCUUUGAUUUAAUGAGCCCUCUUGGUGGGACCCGGGGCACACAACCCCCUGCAAGAGAACUUUCAGAAGGUAAUUUUUUCGCUCUCCCCGUAGGUGUACACCAAUGUACACGCAGUGCUGGGGUGCAGAAAUUAAAAAGUGAAUUUUUAAAUGAAUUUCUGUGUUCACAGCGAUCAAAAAUAAAACACGUUCGAUUUCAAAACAGGGGUGUUUCAAGGAUGUAAGAGGCCGACCUCGCUCUUUUGACAGGAGUGCUGCCAGAGCCCCUGUGCCACGGGUAAUUUGUCAGGACACAGCUGUGACAACACAGCGCGAGUUGCAGAAGACAGAGAAAUAUUUUAGUGAUACUUUUAUUUUUAUAGAAAAGUAUAUAUUUAUGACAAAUGUAAAUGUGUAUUUAUAGCACAUGUUCUUCCUGUUAUGUUUUGUCUCUACUGAAAUAUAUUUAUCUGUCUAUAUCGAUAUGUACGCCCUGAAGUGUACGCUGGUAACGCGCAUUCAGCUCGUUCACAGACGGAGCUCAGCACCGCAAAUAAAAGCUAUCAGAGGAAA